AUGACUCCAAUUUUCCACCCUGAUACACUCACGUCAAUGAUUCCAGACCAAUUCACAUCGCUGGUUCAAGUAACAGAGGCACUAAGACUCAGUGGUCUUGAAAGUUGCAACCUUAUCAUCGGCAUCGACUGCACCAAAUCCAACGAGUGGAGUGGCAAAUGUACGUUUGAAGGACAGAAUCUCCAUGAUAUCGACGAUCCAAGUGCUCGUAAUCCAUACGAAGACGUGAUUGAGACGAUUGGACGGACUUUACGAGAUUUUGACAAUGACAAUGUCAUUCCAGUGUACGGUUUUGGCGACGAGAUCACAUGUGAUCGUGCAGUUUUUACGUUUGCGGAACCAAAUGAAGCUGGAUUUCCACUUGAAAAUAUUCGUGAACGCUACCGUGAAGUAGUUCGUCAUGUCAACAUGGCAGGACCAACGUCUUUUGCACCCAUCAUCAACGAAGCUGUGAAUAUUGUUAAUCGCACGGGGGAUUAUCAUAUUCUCGUCAUUAUUGCUGAUGGACAGGUAACAAGGUCGGUGGAUAUUCCUCCCCAUGCUAUCAGUAAGAAUGAAAAGGAAACGAUUGACGCAAUUACAUUCGCCAGCAAUUUUCCACUCAGUAUCAUCAUGGUAGGUGUAGGCGAUGGACCGUGGGAAUCCAUGAUUUAUUUUGACGAUUAUCUAUUACACCGCAAAUUUGAUAAUUUUCAUUUUAUCGAAUAUCACAAAAUCACAUGGCAAUUUCGCGACCCGCAAAUGAGAGAGACUCAAUUUGCACUUCAAGCAUUAAUGGAAAUACCUGAUCAAUAUCAGACUAUCAAGGCCAUGAACUAUUUGAAUCGUCACUUACAUCGAGUCCGAACGGAUCUUCCACGUGUUGACGUUUUUCCACCGCCACAAUCAAUAGUACCUAACAACUACAGUAUCGUUCAAUCACAAUCGGAGGUACAACAGGUGCGUAACACAGCCACUUCAAAUACUACGAUUCAUGCGAAAUCCCUUUCAACGUCGCUCUCGGAUUCUGUAAACGGAUCAACGAUGGGCCAUCGUAAGUCGUCUGCUGAAGAAGAGCUGAGGCGACUCAAGGAAUCGCUCCUCUGUCCCAUCUGUGAAGAACGAAAGAAAGACACAGUGUUUCAAUGUGGUCAUGAAACGUGUGAAAAGUGCGCCGAUUUUUUGUCGCACUGCCAUCUUUGUCGACAACAGAUUCAAGUGCGCAUCAAGAGGUUUGGAUAA